UAAAACCCUUCACCUCAUUUCAGACGCUUGGCUCACUCUUUCUCUCUCUUCGCAGCCGUCCAGCGAACGACGACCCAUCUCACUCCAUCUCUCUCAUCGCUCCCACAGAAGAAGACGAUGCUCAUGGUACAAGUCGCGUGACUACCGAUCGAACCCAUCUCACUCUCUCUGAUUGCGAUUACAGAUUGCUAUCCAUUUUUUCGUUCCAGCAGAAAUGGUCAUUCCUCCGCCAGUCAGGCCAGAAAGAAUUACAAAGUUCCUUAAACCAUAUAUCUUGAGGAUGCACUUUUCAAACAAGUUUGUGAGUGCCCAAGUGAUCCACUCACCAACUGCUACAGUGGCCAUUUCUGCAAGCUCACAGGAGAAGGCCCUGAGGCCCAGCAUGAAAACUACUCGCGACGUUGCUGCAGCAGCGAAGAUAGGGAAGAUAUUGGGGGAGCGCCUGCUGGUUAAAGACAUCCCUGCUGUCGCAGUUUUCUUGAAGAAAGAUCAGAAGUAUCAUGGUAAGGUGAAAGCUGUGAUUGAUUCUUUGAGGGAAGCAGGCGUCAAACUCAUUUGAGACCAAUAAUGAACUCAUGUUGGAUUUGCUUAUCAAACUGUUUUCACUAGCACUGUUAUCAUCUCCUGAGGUAUUUUUCUUCCAUUGGAAGAAUGAGUGGUAGAUUUCACGUUUUUGUUUUUUUAUGCU